AUGUCAGCCCAAUCAGGAAUCAGCGCUUCGGAGGACCUGAUGUCCAAAUUCGAGUUUUUCCUGGAGUCUGACGAUCGUAUUGCCAUCUUUAAAAUUACGGAUGAGGUAUGUGAGUAUGACCGGGCCAUAAAACAGUCUAACGACCUGGCACAGGACCUGGAAUCGUUGGCCAAAUCGAUGGACCCCAAAGACGCCAGGUAUCUUGCUGUUCGCAGCAACGACAGCGACCAAGGGGUUGUUUUUGUGGCGUACGUGCCACAGGAUGCUCCAGUUCGCGUCAAAAUGAAGUACGCAUCGAGUACCAACUCAAUUCACAAGCAAUUGGGCGGCUCGUCCCGGUUCUCAACCAUUGCGUUUUGGACAGAGCACAAAGAGGUAAGUAUCGAAGGAUGGAACGAGCACAUUGCUCACGAAGGCGCCGAAGUUCCCCUCACUGAAGAUGAGCAAUCUCUCAAGACAGCAGUGGAACACGAGGCCCAUCGAAUGGGUACCCGGCAAAGCAACACCGGGAUUGCCGCGAUGGGAAUCGACGCUAAAAUAGAUGAGGCCGGGCGAGACGCCCUGCAGAGCCUUGCACAAGACGAAGCAACCAAGAACAUUGCUGUUUUCCACAUUGCAGAAAGCGGAGAAAUCCAGCUCGCUCAGCUACAGGAGGCUGCGACAGACUCACUGCAUAGUCAUUUCCACGAGAACGAGCCGCGGUAUGCCGUGCUCAAGCACGAAACAAAAGCGGUGUUUGUUUAUGUAUGCCCAGAUGACGCGAGCGUAAGGCACCGCAUGGUUUAUGCCUCGACAAGAAUUCCGUUUUUGAAUUACGUGAAAUCCGUGGUAUCGAUUGCCGGAGUGCUUGAGGCUUCGGAACGUGGGGAAGUGACAUACGAGGCCGUUAUCGCGGAAACGACUCCCCGCCAAGUGUCUGAGCGGGACGGCGUUAGCAAACCACGCUUUUCUAGGCCUAAACCACCUGGAAGACGCUGA